AUCGAGUUCGCGUGAGAUUAGUUGCGGAGUCGUUUAUCCCGAAAAUGAUCUCUGCGUCGGGUAAUGUUCUUAUUCUGUUUCACCUGUAAACGAUUGUUUAUGGAUUUUGUAUGAGGUAUCGAAACGGUCAUCGGAUAACGUCCAUCGCGGAGAAAUUUCCCUGUCCAAGAGCAGAGAUGGAGAGUUCUGAAGAGCCGACGAGUCUGCAAUCUAUAUGUCAUUUGCAUGCUUCGGAAUUAUUUCCAAAGCAUACACACUUUGAGUGUGAAGAUCAAACUCUGACAGUUCCAUUUAAUCCUUUAAGUGGAGAGUCGAUUGUAGUGCUUGGACGUACGACAGACGGGGUGUUAGCUCUUUCCAACUAUAGACUUUAUCUACAAUUAAGUCAAACUUGUUACAACAUCCCAUUGGGUUUAAUAGAGCAACUGGAAGUCAGAGAGAUUUUCUUUUUACACAUUGGAUGCAAAGAUGCGCGUUCCCUUAGCUGUGCUUUUUCCACGAAUGAACAUUGUUUGGAAUGGUAUAAGCGCCUACACAAAGUUACUUACCCAAGAAAGAGCAUAGAGGAUAUAUUUGCCUUUGCAUAUUAUGCCUGGUCUGUCGAGGAGGGUAAAGAUUUUUCUACGCUUGGAAAAGACACUUCAUCGUAUGUUGCUACUUUUAAUUCAGAGGUGGAACGACUGAAAUUUAAUGUACAUGGAACAUGGCGCAUUAGUCAGAUCAAUAAAGAUUAUCGAAUGUGUCCAUCGUAUCCGCCACUGCUUUUAGUUCCUUCUCGCAUUUCCGACAUUAUUCUGGAGGAAGUGGCGAAAUUUCAGAGGCAUGUGACGAAUGGUGCGGUAAUAGCGCGAAGUAGUCAACCUGAAGUCGGUUGGCUUGGUUGGCGAAAUCCACACGACGAGAAUCUGUUGAAAGCUCUUUCGGAUGCGUGUUCCUACGAUAAAGGUGAAUCGACGAUGGUGGAUUCUUCCAUUGAUGUCGUUAACAAUACCUCCAUCACAGCGAUCAAUACCAAAAAAGUUUUAAUCGUGGACGCCAGAUCGUACACAACCGCCGUGGCUAAUAGAGCACGUGGCGGUGGCUGCGAAUGUCCAGAAUAUUAUCCCAGUUGCGACAUACAGUUUAUGAAUUUACCAAACAUCCAUUCUAUACGAAAGAGCUUUCACGCGGUGAGGCAGCUUUGCGCAUCGGACACGGAUCAACCCAACUGGCUCAGUCUUUUAGAAGGGACACGGUGGUUACAGCACAUGUCUGGAUUAUUACGCGCAGCAGUGACUGUAGCAUCUGCGAUCGAAAGAGAUGCCCGACCGGUAUUAGUGCAUUGCAGCGACGGAUGGGAUAGGACACCUCAGAUAGUCGCUUUAGCGCAGAUCCUGCUCGAUCCUUAUUAUCGAACUAUGGAGGGAUUCCAAAUUUUAUGCGAGAGAGAAUGGUUAGACUUUGGACAUAAAUUCGCGGAUCGAUGUGGACAAACAGUUGGUUGCGAAGAUCCGAAUGAACGAUGCCCAGUAUUUUUGCAGUGGCUGGACUGUGUGCACCAGUUAAGUCGACAAUUCAAAUGUAGUUUUCAGAUGUCGCCAGCGUAUCUCGUGAAGUUGGCGCAGCAUACGUAUUCACAACUUUUCGGCACAUUUCUUUGCAACACGAGACAAGAGAGGUUACAACUAAGAAUACGGGAGCGUACUUUUUCAGUUUGGCGCUUCCUGAAUUCCAGUUCGUUCGUAAACCAUUUGUAUUCACCUUUGAAGAAUAAAGUAUUAUGGCCAAGCUGUAACGUACGAGACCUUGUUUUGUGGUCCGAGGUGUAUUUAGAUUCUAUGGAAUCGUCUGUCGGCACGAGGGACGAUAAGCAGAGGGUAACUAUGAUAGACAUCGAGCGUGGGGAGAACGAAGAACUUCAGGGACAAAUGACUAAAACUCGGUCGUACGGAGAUCUUAUGCAUGCACCCGAUCACACGGCCUAUCUUCACCGUAGACUCAGCGACCCAAGUAUUUCGAUGGAAAAAAAACUUGAUUCUUUGACACUGGAAGCCGAAACGAUAGAUAGAGCUGCGAUACACGCGGAAGACUGUAAGAUUUCGGAAUGCAUGGAAAAAACCAGCUCGGAGAACGACGAGGAUGAGAAGAAGUCGAAGCGACCGAACGUCACGACGACCGUUCAAACGUCAAACGAUUCGCCAGCGAAUCCUUCAGUAGACAGUUCGACGGACACGUUAAUACCUAGCAACGAUUCUUUACCCGAUGCUACCACCACCGAUAAACAACAAACCAGGCCGCAGAAAAAUUCACCGCAAGACAUCGUUUCAUCGUGGAUCGAGACAAAUUCGGUCGGUCGUACCGUUUGCUCUUGCAGUCGCACCACCUACAAUCACAAUCACAAUCACAAUCACGAGGGCAGCGAUCUUAGCGAUACUAGCGCACCAUUAAUAUCAAGAACGCCUAGCAGCGUUUGUCCGGCUUCGCCGGUACAUCAAGACCCGAUUCCGGAUAAUCCUGACCGAUUGGACGACGUUGACGGUCUUCCCAUAAUACAUUGCGAGGUUCAGAUGCGCGUGCAACAGAUUAUAGUGGAACAUAAGCUGAAAGAGGAAGCAUUGGGAAAGGAAUUACACACAACAAGGCUGGCUUUGAUCAAACAAGUUUGCAAUCAUAACGCGGAUACCGAUCGCAUCGACGAUAUCGGAUCGUUGCCCGAUUCGGUGGGUAGUGCCGGUGAUCACGGUGAGUCGUUGCCAUCGGACAUAUCUUGGGAAGCGGUCGAAGAAUUGGGGCCGGCUCCUACGCUGUGGGUACCCGAUCACGCGGUGACUCGGUGCAUGGGUUGCGAUACGGAAUUUUGGCUCGGGAGACGCAAACACCAUUGCAGAUGCUGCGGCAAGAUCUUCUGCGCGGAUUGUUCGGAAAACUCGACACCGUUGCCUAGCGAGCAACUCUACAAUCCUGUGAGAGUUUGCAGCGACUGUUUCUCACAAAUUCAUCGGCACACGAGCCCCUGUCAGUGUAACAGCAACAGCAACAGCAACAGCAACGGCAACAGCAACGCUCGUCACCCGAACAAAGGAGAAAACGAUGCGGAUCUCUCGACCAAUUCCGACGGCUUAAUUACUUGUCAAAGACCGAUUGGUUUAAACGUGUCAACAGACAGCUGUUGCGACAACUUGUUGCAGAUUGCGCAUCAAAAGACUCCACAAUCACCACCGGUCACAGCAGCCACGGUAAAUUGAGAAAUCACCACGAAGAACUUUCGGCGAAGAUCUUUCGGGUUUCGAUUUGGCUUUCGACGACGAGACGGCAUACACCACGGACCUUCCGUAUUUGGUACGGUUCCGUUUCGUUUCGUUUCGUUCCGUUCAGUUCCGUUCAGUUCCGUUCAGUUCCGUUCAGUUCCGUUCAGUUCCGUUCCGUUGUAUGCAAACGCAUACGUCGCGUUUUAUCGUGUCUACAUGUAUAUUGAUAAGGUACACAAACGUUGUACAAUACCGCGCGAUCGUCGCACUAGAUUCUUUUCAGGCGAUCCAAUAUUUAUUGUUAGAGUAAUAAUUUGUACGAAGAAGUGUAUAGAGUCACAGAGAAAAUGAGUCAGUAUACGAGAGGUUGUAUAUACCUUAGUAGUGCGUAAUUCGAUUCAACGAGACAAGCAACCGGCUUCUUCGGACGAGACUAUUCGAAUUUCCCCGUUUUUGGACAUCUUAUAGUUACGAGAGACAGCAAGACGAGGCAAAGGAACACUUUGGAUAGGCUGUGACUGACGUCUACUUUUAGACAUCGUACGAAGCGCGCUUUUAAUUAGCCAUCGAUCAAUCGGUGGAACAACUCGUUGAUCAUGAGUAGUUGGAUUACGAGACGAGUAAACUGUAUUUGUAUAUUGCCGCUGUUUAUGAGAAUUGGAACAUUAAAUGUCAUUAUCGUAAGUGAUUCUGUUACUUGUCUUUGUUUCUCUCUCUCUCUCUCUC